AUGCCAUCAUCUUUGGGGACCAUCACCGCCUCAAUGGCAGGCCUCGAAUCCCCCAGUCUCUCCGCCACCUCGGCCUUGAUCAAGGCAACCGAGCAACAUGCCCAAGUGGCACAGCGCUCUGGCUUUGGUGCUGCCCUCAUAUCCCUCGUGACGUUCAUUCCCAGUGCUCUCUUCUGGGUCAUCGCAUUCACGACCAUCACGUUGCCGACAUGGUUGUUCACUCUUUUUUCCAUGAGUUUGACCUUUACCAUGAAUUUCACCACGUUGCUUUUGAUAUUCCUCGCCAUUGUCUCGACCAUCAGUUGGUUCAUCCGCUACCGCUACCUUAAUGUCUAUGAACGCUUGCCUCAAGAACCGCAGAGAAAAGAGCCGCAAAUAGAUUUGUUUCCCAAUACGGAAGAUGGGGGCUCGAAACAGGGAUUGGCCAAUUAUCUGGAUGAAUUCCUCAGCGCCAUAAAGGUGUUUGGGUACUUGGAGAGGCCCGUAUUCCACGAGUUGACCAGGACGAUGCAGACUAGGAAACUCAUUGCUGGGGAAACACUACUGCUCGAGGAAGAGAAGGGCUUUUGUCUGGUUGUGGACGGACUUGUACAAAUUUUUGUCAAGUCCUUGCGGGAAGGCUCCGAGAAGAACGGUGGUCAAAUUGAUUUGUUCGAUGACGAAGAAGGCUAUCAUGAAGGCAACCAGGGCUACCAGUUGCUUACAGAAGUCAAGAAUGGAGCUUCCAUGUCCUCGCUCUUCUCAAUCCUGUCCCUCUUCACCGAAGAUAUAAGGUUACGCCCUGACGAACAACUUCCUAUUGGCUCUCGAUUCGCCAAUCACAUGAAUCACACUCCGGAUUCAAGCAUUGCUAGUCCGACGACCCAGCCAUCAACACCAGCAAUGGCCAUUCCCGACUCCCAAGAGGAGCCCCAUAAACCCAGGCUUCCCACGGUACCUCCAUUGGCUCUUGAGCCGGCGUUUGAUGAGCGCCAGUUCAAGAAUCAACCAGCUAAACCCAGGAGAGGUCCUUCAGCGCAUCCCGACAUCGUGGCUCGAGCAGUGGUGGAUACUACAAUAGCCAUCAUCCCGGCCAGCGCAUUUCGCCGCUUGACGCGAGUAUACCCCAAAGCAACAGCUCACAUAGUUCAAGUGAUUCUUACUCGAUUGCACCGAGUGACUUUGUCAACCGCACACCAGUAUCUGGGCCUUACUUCGGAGGUCUUGCAAAUUGAGAAGUUGAUGAACAAGUUGACCAGUUAUGAUCUGCCCCACCAUCUUCGUGGGGAUGCCUUGGACAGACUCCGGGACAAAUUUGCAAAGGAACGAGAUCGGAUGGGACCGGAGGAAGGGAGCAAAGGAAUUGCCUUACACAAUCCCAUCGCAAACCGAAGAAGAUCUUCGAGCGGACUCCGAAGAGAAGCAGCCACGGCAGCCCGACUCGCGGCAGCGAGAGGAUCGAUGUCGUCGUUGAAUCCAAAGGCAGGAAGCCGAAAUUCAGUACGUCCAAGAACGGGAGACAGGGACGUUAGCUCGGGCGACCUCCAUGGAAGUUCCAGACCUAGUCAGCGACCCACCGGUCUCCAUCUUCGAUCCACUUCUCAUUGGACAAGUAUGGGAGCCAACCCUGACGCAUUGAGGUUAGAACUGAACAGCAGUCCCAUGGGAACUCGUGAAGAGCAACUCUUUCGACCGUUUGGUAAUGACAUCCCACAUCGACAAGACUCGGUCCAUGAAGACAGCUUAUUUCGGGAAUCUGUACUCGAAUGUAUGGCCAAAGCACUCGGGCUCAGUAAUGCGAUCAAUCAGUCUUUGAGACGAGGGCCCACUUCCGUGGAACAAUCUCCACGUCUUGUUUCGUAUGAUGCAAAACGACAAACAGCGAUUUUUAAUAAUGCGUUUGGUUUCAUCGACCCCUAUGAUGACCCUGCCGAUGGCGACUCCGAGUCAGUCUCCGCGUCGGCAACCAGUGUGAGUGGUCCGCUACAGGGUCGAACGCUGGACGAAGAAUUAAUAGACGAUGUGGAAAUUGUCUUUUUCCCCAGAGGUUCUGUGUUAGUCGAGCAAGGUGAACGAAAUCCAGGCCUUUACUACGUGAUUGACGGCUUUCUCGACGUCAGCAUCCCGGUCGAAGAAAAAGAAGAGAAAAACGUAUCUUCAUCUUCCAGUGAGCGAAAGAACCCCAGAGAUGAACCACUCCCUCGAGCCCGAAGAACGAAAACUGCGACUUCCCGGGCGUCCUCAACUCCUGGUGUCCCUGGUCAACCGAAAGAUGGCAGACGAAUGGUACAAAAGCCCCUAUUCCUGGUCAAGCCUGGUGGUAUUGCCGGCUAUGUCGGAACUCUGUCGUCGUACCGGUCUUUCACAGAUGUGACUGCGAAGACGGACGUGUAUGUCGGAUUCCUCCCCCGAUCAUCGUUGGAAAGAGUCGCGGAGAAAUAUCCCAUCGUCCUCUUGACCAUGGCCAAACGCCUCACAAGCCUUCUUCCGCGGUUGAUUCUCCAUAUCGAUUUUGCUCUCGAAUGGGUUCAAGUAAAUGCGGGUCAAGUCAUCCACCAUCAAGGUGAUGAUAGCGACGCCAUCUAUAUAGUUCUCAACGGUCGAUUGAGAGCCGUUCGUGAACUCGAGGGCGGAACUAUGCGAGUCACGGGGGAAUAUGGUCAAGGCGAGAGUAUCGGUGAGCUUGAAGUCAUGACCGAUGGUACCAGACCUGCCACUCUUCAUGCCAUCCGAGAUACUGAACUCGCCAAAUUCCCCCGAAGCCUUUUCAACAGCUUGGCACAGGAACAUCCCAGCAUUACCAUCCAAAUCUCUAAAUUGAUAGCGCAACGAAUGCGCGCGCUCAUCGAAGCCCCUCUCACAGAGAAAGGUCAGGAACGGAAGAGGGCGGCACUAAGCGACUCAAGCACAUCCAAUUUGAAUUUGCGAACGAUAGCAGUCUUACCGGUGACUGCGGGAGUGCCCGUAAUCGAAUUUGGUAAUCGGUUAUCGGCGGCUUUGAGUCAGGUCGGGGUGCCAAAUGGCGUCUCACUCCUGAAUCAAGCUCUCAUCCUCAGUCAUUUAGGUCGUCACGCAUUCAGUCGAAUGGGCCGGCUGAAAUUGUCGCAAUAUCUUGCCGACCUGGAGGAGAAAUACGGCAUGGUUCUCUAUAUCGCCGAUACCAGUGUCAAUGCCCCUUGGACGCAGACCUGCAUAUCACAAGCCGAUUGCAUCUUGCUGGUAGGAUUGGCGGAAAGCUCGCCCAGCAUAGGCGAAUAUGAACGAUACCUUCUUGGAAUGAAGACCACCGCGCGAAAAGAUCUCGUUCUUCUUCAUGUGGACCGAUAUUCCCCACCUGGUCUGACGAGAAGGUGGUUAAGAAAUCGAAUGUGGAUCAAUGGAGGUCAUCAUCACAUUCAAAUGGCUUUUCGCGUCAGUCCGGAAGCCACCCCUCAUGCUCAGCCCAGGCGAUUAGGGUCGGCCAUCAAGCAAAGGGUCCAAGUCAUCCAGGCCGAGAUACAAAAGUACACCUCGCGGAGAGUCCGACAAGCUCCGCUAUACUCCGCCGAUACUCCCUUCAAAGGAGACCUUCAUCGCCUUGCAAGACGCCUUUGUGGCAAGUCUGUCGGUCUCGUCCUCGGUGGAGGAGGGGCUCGAGGCAUUGCCCAUAUUGGCGUCAUUCGUGCUCUGGAAGAGGCCGGAAUACCCAUCGACAUCGUCGGCGGCACCUCCAUCGGCGCGUUCAUCGGUGGACUUUACGCUCGUGACGCCGACCUGGUCCCCAUGUACGGACGCGCGAAGAAAUUCGCCGGUCGCAUGUGUAGCAUGUGGAGGUUUGCACUAGAUCUAACAUACCCCUCGGCCUCGUACACGACGGGCCACGAAUUCAACCGCGGCAUAUUCAAGGCCUUUGGAGACUCUCAGAUCGAAGAUUUCUGGCUCUCCUUCUAUUGCAACACCACCAACAUCAGCAAAUCACGGCCCGAGAUCCACACCUCAGGCUACGCAUGGCGAUACGUUCGCGCAAGCAUGUCCCUGGCCGGCCUGAUCCCGCCCAUCUGUGAUGAAGGCUGCAUGCUCCUGGACGGCGGAUACAUCGACAAUUUGACCGUGCAGCACAUGAAGAGCCUCGGUACGGACCUCGUCUUUGCCGUGGAUGUCGGCAGUCUAGACGACGACACCCCCCAGCAAUACGGCGACACGCUCUCUGGUUUCUGGGCGCUCUUGAAUCGAUGGAACCCGUUCUCUUCGGUCCCCAACCCGCCCAAUCUUAACGAUAUACAAGCGCGCCUCGCCUACGUUAGCUCCGUCGACGCGUUGGAGCGUGCCAAAACUACGCCUGGGUGUCUAUAUAUGAGGCCGCCAAUCGAUGCGUAUGCCACGUUGGACUUUGCUAAGUUCGAUGAGAUUCUGGAAAUUGGCUAUUCUUAUGCGAAGGAAUAUCUAGCCCGCUUGAAGGGCGAGGGCGAAUUGAAGAGUCUUAUUGACGCUUGGACCGGUGGCGAUGAUGAGGAAGGAAAGCGCCUUUUGAGAGCCAUGGCACCGAGGAGGGCCAGCAUUUAA